UGGACCGGAGGACAACGAGGAGUCUGCUCACAGGCUGGAACAACUGGAGACCAUCAUGGAGAACAACACACAGUGGCUGCUGAAGAGUGUGAUUACUGAUCAGAACUAUACAAGACGGGCCAGACGGGACAAGAGACGACUCACAGCUUGAUCCCCACGGCUCCCGUCUGGUAACAUGAAGCCAGCUCUGAUCUGGUCCACGGGAGAGCUCAGAGGGCACAAAAGCUCAAGUGCUGCCUCACAAAUCAAAGCCUGCUUGCGACACAAGUGAACAUUUUACAAAGUCCAACAGCAAGUCUGGUGUAGUGACAGGUUACACAUUUGUUACAGACACAGAAGCAUCGCUGGUAAAUGAUGCGUCAACAAAAAUGUUGCAGUAGCAACAAACAGGAGCUGUUAGUGUAAAUGGAGGACUCCAGCGGCUUCUUCUGUUGUUUCCUUCACCUUCCUCCUUGAUUUAUUAAAAAUGAUAUAACAGUGUUAAAAUAAUAGAGUGCAUACAUAGGGUAAAAAUGCAGCCACUCCCUGCUGUUAAAGGUGUCAGCACUAUGAACUUACAUAGGAAUAAGCAGGUAAAGGAAAUAGACGGAUUGAUAGUAGAAUGAUAUAGAACUUUACUCACUGAGGUUAUUCACCUCUUUUACAGGAGUGGCUUGAUUGAUUUGAGGCGCACAAAGUAAACAGCUGAUUGGAUCACUGACUGUAAAUGGGACAUCCUGCCAAUAUUUCAAAUGACAGCCUCCCACCUACCGCACAUCCCUCUGUGUCUCCAAGAACAUAAACAAACUGGACGUCGUGAAAGGAAGACAAACAAAAUCAGCCCUGAUUGCCGAUGAUAUUUGUAUUUUUCACAAUAGUAGUAAUCAAAUUGUCUGUUUGGGGUUGCAUUGCUGACUGACGAGUAAAUAACAAAAAUGAUUAUGCAAAACUUACUGUAGAUGUUGGAGAUAUUUCACUGACACUCUGGUUUCCACUUGCACACACACACACACACACACGUGUCACACUGUCAUGAAGGAUGUAACUCCUCACUCAACACUUCCAUCCUGUUUACGAGUCGUGUGACCUGAUUGCCACUCAGGAACACCGUGCAGGAAAUAACUUAAUGAUUGGUCUCGGUCUAAAUUUGGCAAUACUGUAAGGUAGAUAUGGACAAAUGGUGUAAAGAUGAAACACUGACCUUUUCCCACCCUGAGGGCAACCGUGCUCAUUGUAUUACUCCUAUGAUUGAGAGGUUUGAUACAAACACGGUGACAUCAUACGUGUAAAUGGUUUGUAUCAUCUUAAAGCAAGUUGAUAUUAAUAGCUUAAUAAAUUACUUUGUGAAGAAAACAUAACGUCUUAGAAAUUUCCACUUUUUGACCUCCAGGACCAACAACUGCUCGUAAAUGAGUUUAAAGAAGCUUCAACAUAUUUGACACCACAUGUUAAAACCCCUUGUCGUGUGAUAGCGCUAUUCACCUUUGUCCUCAUAGCUCCCCUUAAGUAAUGGAACAAUGGUGCUUCAUCAUAAAUCUCUAAUACAGCACCAUCAAUCUAUUAAAUAGGUUGCAAAAUGCAGAUUCUCUUGCAGAAAUAGCAUAAAAGUAGUGGAAAUUUGAUAGCAAUGCAGAUUUUUCAAAUCGAUAAUACCAUUGUUAUAUCACGUGGAGACAGUGGAGACAUGGGGAUGGUUAACUAAUUCAAUAAGAUCGUACGGCUGGUGUGUAAUCGGCAAGUAAAAUAAUACAAUAAUGAAAUAUAACAAGGUUUCUACUACGUGCAUUCCAGAGUUUGAAAAUCUGAAAUUUUGAACACAUUCUUUCUCAACUUCCUUUAAGAAGCAUGGCUACACACUCAAUAAUAACACACAGUAUGUCCGUCAUCAUGAACUGUCAGUACUUCGCUCUCAAUGGUGUUAAAUGCUCUCCAGUCAGAGCACGAUGAAUGUGAGUCCUUGAACCAACAAAGGGUGAAUCUGAAUAAGUGACAAGGACAACGCAGGUUGCCCAAGAGCUCAAGCAACAAACAGCUGUGUUACAAUACAGAAGCAUCCAGCUGCCAACCUGUGGACUACCUCUGAAUGUGAUACAGGAUUGUGCAUGCGCUACGAAAGCCACUGGUUAAUGAUGCUAAGUGUCUUUAUCUGUGCUGCAGCUGGAGAACUACAUACAGGACGGCAUGAAGCAAGACAUGGUCCAUCUCCAGCAGACCGCUGUACACAACCACACAGCUACGAUGAUCGAAAUUGGAACAAACCUGCUGAGUCAGACCGCAGAGCAGACGAGGAAACUGACCAAUGUGGAGGCGCAGGUAAUUCGUCAAACAACUCGACUCGAGCGUCAACUGCUUGAAAAUUCCCUGUCGACCAACAAGUUGGAAAAACAACUGAUUGUCCAAACGAAUGACAUCAGCAAGCUGAAUGACAAAAACAGCUUUCUGGAGAAAAAGGUGGAUGAGAUGGAGCAGCAGAGGCAGGUGGAGCUGAAGAUGCUUCGAGAUGACAAAGAGCAGCUUCGGGCUCUUAUACUACGGCAGACGGCCGUCAUCGGCGAGUUGGAGCAGCAGCUGCUCCGAGUCUCCUCCAACAACACCGUGCUGCAGCGUCAGCAGCAGGACCUGCUGGACACCGUGAACAACCUCAUCCACACCAUCUCCGACAGCUCAGCUCGAGAGAGCAAAACUGUCAUGAUGCAGGACACUCCGACCACCUUCAUGGACUGCGCCGCCGUCUUCAAGUCAGGAAACACCCAGAGCGGAGUCUACACCCUCACGCUACCUAACACUACGGUAGAGGUUAAGGCUUUCUGUGACAUGGAAACAGAAGGAGGCGGGUGGACCGUGCUACAAAAACGCUUUGACGGCCAUGUUGACUUUCACCGAACGUGGCAGGAGUACAGAAAGGGGUUUGGAGAGCCUUCAGGUGAAUUCUGGUUAGGGAAUGAGUUUGUCUCCAGACUGACGAUUCAACAGUCCUACAAACUAAGGAUCCAGCUGAGUGAUUGGGAAGGAAACUCUGCAUUCUCACAAUACGACCAGUUUUCCCUCGAAGGUGAAGCACAAAAUUACAGGAUACACCUUAAAGGCUUCAGUGGAACAGCAGGCAAAAUAAGCAGCAUCGGGCAGCCAGGAAGUGAUUUCAGUACAAAGGAUGCAGACAACGACAAAUGUGUUUGCAAAUGUUCACAACUGACAACGGGGGGUUGGUGGUUUGAUGCCUGCGGUCCGUCCAAUUUGAAUGGGAUGUAUUACCAGCAAGGCCAGAACUCAAAUCGCUUCAAUGGAAUCAAAUGGUACUACUGGAAGGGCUCGGGCUACUCACUGAAGUCCACCACAGUGAUGUUCAGACCGGCAGACUUCUCAGGUUCCCUUUGAACCGGCACUCUCAGAGUAAACUAAGUGGGGAGGACAUCCACCCGACAAACGAGAUCAAAAUAUAAACCAAAGCACUUCAUGAACAUAUUUUACAUACCUUUUAAAAAACAUAUUUUGUGCAUUUUUAUGUUUCGUAAUUUGAAUCAAAUGUUACAUGUGGAACAUAUGUAUGACUGUGGUAUGUCUAGAUUACUAGAGGUAUAGUAAUUACAUUGGGAAAGAACAUCUAGCUAGUCACACAGAAGAUUUAUUUAAAGAUUUUAUUUUAGUUCAAUCAUCCAUGUAACCGUCCAUGUUUUGAAUAAUAGCUUGUUAUGUCAUUGUAAAGAAAGGAGACUAUGGUACAACAUGCAGAAAACUACUCAAAGUCAUUAUGUUUUUGUUAAAUGCCUAAAAUGCAAAUGUAAAAAAAAUGCCACAGAAAAUGUUUCUCUCAAGGUGUUUUU